AUGGAAUAUUAACAAAUGAAAUCGAAUCUUAUAGUCUCAACGAAUACAACAUCUAUUAGGAGUUAUGCCUAGACUUUACCAAUUAGAAUAAAUAAUGAAGAACAAGAUCGAAGAAUUUAAAAUAUUACAAAAUAAAUGCAGAUAUUUUUAAUGGCUAUAGAACUAGAAAGACUUUCUGACUAAAAUUAUAAUCUCAUAUAGAGAUUAAAAAAUAUGGAGGAUCAUCAAUUUAAUACUAUGAAUCUUGAAUAAUAGAUUAUUGAUUUAAAACAGAAGAUGAAUUUACUUGAUCAAAAAUAUCAAACAGUUUUAAUAGAGAAAGAAUAAAUAUAAUAUAAUUAUGAAGAAAUCAUUAAAUUUUAAGAAAAAAAUGAAGACAAUCAAAUUAUAUUUUAAAAUGAUAUUGAAAAACUCAGAAUUAAAUUAAAAGACUUUGAAGAAUAAAAAUAACAUGAAAUUAAUAUUCUUAUUAAACAGAAAGAUCUUGAAGCACAAAAAAUAUUGGUAUAGAGAUUUUUCAUAUCUAAUAGUAAAAAAUUUUAUAAGAAAAUGAUUUCAAUUGGUAAUAAUAAAUGGAAUAUACUGAAAAAGAAUUAUAAAAAUAUAAGGAAUUGCACUAUUAAAUAAAAAAAGAGAAUACUGAAUUGAAAACUUUAUUGUAAUAAUAAGAUCUUUCUAAAAAUAGAGAAUUAGAAACACUAAUAAUAUAAUAUAAAAAUGAUAUUGAUAGGCUAAAUUAAAAUUUAAAUAAAUAUUAAUUAGAAAAUUAAGAUUUGAAAUAAAGAAUUUAUAAUGUUGAUUAAAUAUAAUAAGAACUUGAUAAAAUUUCAUAAGAAAACUUUGAUCUAAAUGAGAGUAUUUAAUUGUUAUAGAAUGAAAAUUAAGAAAAAAAAAUAGAAUGUGAAGCAGUUUCAGAAGAACUUGAAAAAUUAAGAUAUGGUUUAUCUGUGAAAACUUAAGAACUUAAUGAGUAUAGAAUGAAAACAACAAAAUUUGAAAAAAAUCAAAUAGAUUUUUAAAGAAACAAAAAAUCACUUGAUGAAAAGUUUACUAUUAUGUAAUAAGAAAUAGAUAGAUUGUAAUUAAUAAUAAGACAAAAAAAUUUUGAAAUAGAUAAUAUAACAAAAAAAAUACAUGAUAAUUCAGUUGAGAAAUAAAAAUUGAUGGAAUUUGAAUAUGGACAAAAAGUUAAUGAUAAAAAGAAUGUUGAUUUGGAUAAAAGAAAUUAAGAAUUAAAUUAAAGAUUAAUUGAUCAAACUAAAAAGAUAUCAGAAUUUGAAAAAUAAAAUAAUGAUUUGACAUCCUAGUAUAAUAGACUAAAAGAGAAAUGUGAUGAAUUUGAAGGGAGAUAUAACAAUCUUUUAUAAGAAAUAGAUAAAGUAAAUAAAUAACUUACCUUAAAGUAAUUUUAUAAUUAUUAUUUAAAGAGUUUAAGAAAACGAAUAUUUGAAUAAAUAAAUAAUGGAUAGUAAAAUAAAAUUGGCUAAUUAUGAUAAUCAACUUUAAGAGCUUUAUGAUUAAAUUAACAUUUUGGAGUAGGAUAUCGAAAAAUUAAAAAAUUAUGAAGAAAAUGUAAGUGUCUAUUGAUUUUUAGUGUAGAGUAUUAUCAUAUGAAAUUGAUAGAUUGAAUAAAUUGAUUAAUUAAUAAGAAGAUGAACUGAAGAAUUGGAGACUUUAAUAUGCAAAUGAAGGGUCCCUUAAUAAAAAGAUUGUAGAAUAAUUAUCAAUUAUGUUUGUUCUUAUGAUGGAAAUAGAAAGCAUAAGAAAUUCUGUAAUAUAAAAAGAUAAGUAAAUUGAAGAUCUAAGAAAUUAAAACUUAGCUUAAUUUAAAGAAAAAAAUAAAUGA